GUAUUUACAUUUAUUAUUAUUAUUACUAGAGCAAAUACACAUUUAUGAAGCCUAUUACAUAUUAAGUCACUUUUCAAUUAUUAUCAUUAUCUUCACGAAUGGAUUUUCGUCGGAGUUUAUAUGAAGGAUACAAAUUGCUUCACAACAAGUUAUAUAAAGCCAAGAGUGUCAGCGACUUUGAAACUACUGGAAAGCUUACUCCCAAAGAAUUUGUUGAUGCCGGAGAUGAACUGACGCAAAAGACUCCGGUUUGGCAGUGGGUGGGUGGAUCGGAAAACGUUCAAGAGUACUUACCGGCUAAUAAAAAAUGUUUGGUAUAUCAUCGUGCAUCUUGCUUACAACGUGCUCCAAAUGGUAAUAAUCUCAUAGAAAGCAUGGAGGAAGUAGGUGAGGAUGGCUUUGUGCUGACUAAAGCUGCACUGAGUCAACCGGUAACAGCAUGUCCAGAUGAAAAGGUAAUUACCUGGGACGAUGAUGAUGAUAUUGGUGAUAAAACGGAUGACGAUGAGGUGGUAUUACCUCCUGCUUAUGAUAACAAGCGCCGCGUAUAUGAUGUUUACAUUGUCUAUGAUAAGUAUUAUGAAACUCCUCGCAUCUAUUUAGUUGGUUACUCUGGAGACCAUAUGACACCACUUACAACCAAUCAAAUGAAAGAGGAUGUUUAUCACUCCAAUUACGGAAAAACUGUGACGAUUGAUUCGCAUCCUGUCCUCGGUAUACCAUGUAUAAGUAUUCAUCCUUGCAGACAUGCUGAAACAAUGUCUCGCCUAAUAAAAUAUAUGAAACUCAAACACGAAGCGCAAAACAAAAAUACAGACAAAGAAAAAAUCUUUCAAUUUCCGGUUCAUUUAGCACUUUUCCUAUUUUUAAAGCUUAUAUCCUCAGUCGUUCCUACAAUUCAGUAUGAUAUUUCCGUAGGAUUUGAUAUUUGAAUUAUUUUAUUAUACUCCAUGUCUAAAAAAUAAAUAAAUAAA